CUGCACACAAGAGCAUCAUCCAUCGUGCUGAGCGCCGAACAUAAUUAGAGUGUGGGCAUAAUUGGGCACAAUUGGGCACCUUCUUAGGGAUGGUGUCCUGUACGAGCUGCUGUUGCUGCUGGUGGUGAGGGUGGAUGGAUCCAAUGUGGACUCUUUUUCCGUCUCACAGUCGGCACGUUGGCGCCCAUUUCCGUCUGUGGGGAGUGCGGAUCUGAGCUCAGCUCUGUGAGCCGCAGGAGGAGGAGGAGGAGGGGGAGGAGUCCCCGUCGCUGGAAACAAUUCCCUGCGCCGGUGAGCUCGUCGUGAGCGCGAGGGUUUAGAGAAGGGGCACGAACGGCAGGCAGGCAGCAGAAGUGGAGCAAAAUAGGAAGAGGAAGAGGAGGAGGAGGAAGAGGGGGCAGAGCGCCGAGAGAGAGAUGCUGGUGUGAGGGAGGGAUAGAUAUUGAUGGAUCAGCAGAGGGUCAGGUUUUGCACCGAUCGAGCAGCAAGGCAGGGACGCAGGGGAGGCUGGUAGAGGAGGGAGAUUAGAGAUUGGAGGAACCCAGAGAGGAACCCAUCACGUGUUCCUCGUAACUGAUCACUGCCUUGGAGGUGCCGAUUUAGUUGCCGAUCGAUCUGUUUGGUGUCGUUGUGUUGUUCCAGUUGGCGAGCCGAGCCGAGCCUAGGCAAGGCGGGGCGGGGGCAGAAGAGUCAACUGGAGCAGACGUGCUCGAUCGAUUGAUUCAUCUCCCGAACAGGGGAUGGAUGGCUGCUGAUCCGUUGUGGUCGUGGUAAAGGCGAUGGUGGUUUUGUUGGCUCAACAUUCCUGCCAGGAGUACACCUGAGGGAAUGGUGAUUUGCGAGGAUUGGAUCGGGCAGUGAGGCAAUGCUGUGAUCCUCUGGUGCUUGGCUGGGGACAAGAAGGAAAGAAACCUGGAUUCAAUUAGGUUUCCGAGGAGGGGAGCAAUGGAGGAUGCGGACCCCGGAUGGGAGGAGCUGCGGAAGGAGGCCAGAAAGAUCGAAGGUGACCUUGAUGUCAAGCUCUCGUCUUAUGCCAAGCUUGGCGGUAUGCUGGCUCACGGAGGAUAUGAUAACGGAUCUGGAGAUGGACUGGGAGGUGAUGGAUCUUGGAAAUCAAUGGAAAUGGAGAUCGAGUCUCUGCUUGAGAAGCUGCUCGACAUCAACGACGCAAUGAGUCGAUGUGUGGCGGGGGCCACGACCACAACGUCCGUCACACAAAAGCUUGCACGUCAUAGAGAUAUACUUCACGAAUUUACACAGGAGUUUCGAAGGACGAGGGGGAACAUAAGGUCAAUGCGAGAACACGCCGAGCUUUUGACUUCUGUUCGUAACGACAUCAGUGAGUAUAAGGCUUCAGGAAGUUUAUCACCGGGGCCUCGUAUACUUAGGGAGCGGGGAGCCAUCCAUCAAAUUAAUGUAAAGCUCGACGAGGUGAUUAAUCAGGCCCAGUCAAAUAAGGGCGCAUUAGCUGCACAACGGUCUACUUUCACGGAAAUUCAAAGCAAAUUAAGGCAGUUGGGAGACAGAUUCCCAAUCAUUCGGGAACUCUUAGGAUCUAUCAAGCGGAAGCGAUCGAAGGAUACCUACAUUCUUUCUGCCGUCAUUGCCGCCUGCACUAUAUUUCUCAUUGUUUACUGGAUUUCCAAGUGAGAUAGCAAGUUUUUAUUGUACUUCUAAGCGGUUGCUUGAAGUUACACUCUAGCACCCUUCAUGCUCGUUGACAUCCCAUGUUCAAGAAAAGAGAGUCAAUAGGGAUGAGUGUAUUCUAAGUAGAUCUGGUCCCCUGCUAGUUGAAUGUACCUACAAGUAGUAAAAAGUCCAGGGGUUGAGAUGUGGGGAGUACAACACUUAUCAGAACAAGGUAUGAUGAUGAACCUGUUGAGAUGGUCCACUGCUCAUCAUCAUGGCCACUGGCAAUUGAAGGUGUGUAUGUCAAGAUCAUGGUGUGGAGAAAGAUGUACGUAGUGAACAACAACUGAUCGGUUGAUUAAGCCAGAUAUAUCUGUCAUAUAGGAACCACUCUUCAUCUUAGUCUGCAGCUCCCCUUAGACUCAUGGAACAAUGAUUGACCGAAACAGAGACAGUUCUUAUUCAUUUGCUCUCAUAGCUUCCAUCGCAAAACUGGACCGUCUGGAUGGAUGGUUAACAAUGAAUGCCCUCAUUGGGGACCUUCUUUUCGUAAUCUACGAUCAGGAAAGGAAAAGGUGCGGAUGGUUUGAAGCUGGCCUUUUUAACUGCACAGCCCGUUGUGACUUUAGGACUGUCCCAUUACCCUUUGCAGCAACCUCAGGUCUAUGGAAGUGAAAUACCUGAAGGGCAGCAGAGUUUGAGGAUUGAGCUUAUUGCGGACUUCCACCGGGUUCGGCCGUCACGUAACAAUUGAUAUGUCUGGACAAAUUCACAAGUAUCGGAAAGGACAUUGGUAGCAGACGGACAAGUUUUGGGGUAAUUGAAAGGACUGAAAACUGUGGUACUAGAAGUAUCAAAUCCGUAGAGAGAAACUUUCCUUCACACUUCCUCCUUGCAAUUCUUUGGGUGCCACUGCACUUAGCGCUACUUCCCACCGUCAUAAAUAACUCUUUUGUGGUCGAGGAUCGGCACCUCCAGUUUAUUAUUUAAACAUCUGACAUAGAUAACGUUUCCUAUAAAAGCAUGUGUCGUGUGCAGUGAAGGUAAAAAUACACCAGUAACACGUUUGGAUCAAUU